ACUUGUCUCUGAGGAGAUUUGCAUUGUGUGGGAAUAUGAUAAGACAUUGCGCAGCGGGUUUUAUUGUUUUCAGUCGUUUAUUGCCAUGUGAAUACAUUUAUUUGAAAUAAUUAGCCAGGGAAAUGUCAGCUUGGAACUCCAUGAGGCCGACGGAGCUGAAGUUGACGUUGGAGCCAGCUAUGGAGUGUUGAACUGAGAUGCAGUCAUUGCAAGCCAAUGUGAACUAAGCCUUUGUUGAAAGAUUUUCAGCUUCUAGCUGUUUUCACUUUUGCUGCUUGUUUUCAUUUAAUCAUCAUGUCUGAAAAGGGAAAAUCCAAAGGCGAGCUGAAGAAGCUCUCUGAGGAGAGCUUGGCGCGGCAGCCGGAGGAAGUGUUCGACAUCAUCUGCAAACUGGGGGAGGGGUCGUAUGGCUCCGUGUACAAAGCAUUACAUAAGGAGUCAGGCCAGGUCCUGGCCAUCAAGCAGGUACCUGUCGACACCGACCUGCAGGAAAUCAUCAAAGAGAUCUCCAUCAUGCAACAGUGCGACUCGCUCUACGUGGUCAAAUACUACGGCAGCUACUUCAAAAACACCGACCUAUGGAUCGUGAUGGAAUACUGCGGCGCGGGCUCUGUCAGCGACAUCAUGAAGCUGCGGAAGAAGACGCUGUCUGAGGCCGAGAUCUCCACCAUCCUGGCGGAUACACUGCGCGGCCUCCAGUACCUGCACCUGCGCAGGAAAAUACACAGAGACAUCAAGGCCGGCAACAUACUGCUCAACAACGAGGGGCACGCCAAGUUGGCCGAUUUCGGAGUGGCUGGUCAGCUGACCGAUACGAUGGCCAAACGGAACACAGUGAUAGGCACCCCCUUCUGGAUGGCGCCGGAAGUAAUACAGGAGAUCGGGUACGACUGCGUGGCCGACAUCUGGUCGCUGGGUAUCACGGCACUGGAGAUGGCCGAGGGUCGGCCGCCGUACGGCGAUAUCCACCCGAUGAGGGCCAUCUUCAUGAUACCCACCAAGCCGCCGCCCAGUUUCCGAGACCUCAACCAGUGGUCCGCAGAGUUCAUCGACUUCGUACAGCGGUGUCUGGUGAAAAACCCGGACGAACGGGCGACGGCCACCGAACUGCUGGACCACCCGUUCAUCCGGGCCGCCCAGCCAGCGCCGGUCACCCUGACCAGGAUCAUCCAGGAGGCGACCGAGGCACGCGCUCAGCAGCAGCUGGCCAAGAACAACAAACUGAUCCACAUCCAGCCGGAGCCGGCCAGUCAGAGCCAGCCGCGUCUGGAGCCGACCGAGAGCCAGGAGACGAUGCGGCCGGCCGACCCCGGCACGCUGGUGCCCGGCGACACGGGCACCCUGGUCACGGACGGCACGCUCGUCUCGGUCGCCUCCAGCCUCAACACGAUGCUCAUCAACUCGGACAGCGACGAGGACGAGGCCACGAUGAAACGGCACGAUACGGGUAACGGCAGCCCCAAGUACCGGCCGCUCUUCCUGGACCACUUCGACCAGAAGGAGGCCGAACAGCGGCGUCUGUUGCAGCAGCAGCAGCAGCGGCAGCAGGCGGCGGCUGCAGCGUCACAGGCGCAGUCGCCGCUGCAGCCCCCGGCGGCGGCGGCCGAGCCGGCGGGCGCGGCGCCGGCCGCCUCUCUGCCGCCUCCUCAGCCGCCGCCCGGUCAGGAGUACCACCCCACACCGCGGCCACAGCAACUGGAGGGCCUGCACCAGGAGCGAGAGCGGGCACUGUAUCAGGUGCCGCAGUCUGGUGCCGUGUCGUCACCCGCCGCUCGGGUGCUAGGAGCCGGCCUGGCGCCGCCGGCGGGGCCGUCCGCCCCCGCCCCCGCCCAGGCUCUGCCGCCCCAGCCCCAGCCCAUCCCCGACCUGGCGCCAAAGCUGGGCAGGAGCCAGUUCAUGGACACGUCUUUCGAAUUUAUCCGUUUUAUGAGCUACGACAAGCUGCAAUCGCGAAUGAACAGUCUCGACUCGGAGAUGGAGCGCGAGAUAGACGAUUUGAAGCGGCGCUACAUGGCCAAGCGGCAGCCCAUUCUCGACGCAAUGGAUGCCAAACGCAAACGGCAGCAAAACAGCCAAAACUUCUAGUGUGGUCGCCGCGAGGCGCGCAGUGUCGAGCGAGUGUGCCGGACCGAGCCGGCCGGCGCGCCACCGGUGCCAUAGAGCGCGCGGCCCGGCGGCCACCGGUACCGCCACCGUCUCUGCGGGUCUUAGCUGAUAGCACGCCGCCACCGGCCAGAGAACUUUUAACGACAGCGAGGCCAGCGCCCGGCGUUUUAGUGCGCGCUCUGUGCAUAUGACUGUGCCGAGGAGUCGGCCCGCCCAGAGCGGGGCCGGCACCGACUGUUUAACCUAUCAUGAGCGUUUUAUACAUCGCUGGUCAAUACACUAACAUGAGAGGAUCGACAA